UGCUCAGUUGUUAGCACAAGCAUUGCAUAAAGACUAGUCUCAGCUUUGUAGUAAAGGCUUAUUUCAUAUACGCGAGUGGAUAAUGGAAUCAUGAUAGCAGAGGAUCAAGUGGAAGGAUACAAUGAGAGAUUCAGCCCAAAUGAGACGAGCUGGACAUGGAGUCAGACCAUGAACUACGUGGGCCAGCUAGCCGGUCAGGUUUUUGUGCAGGUGAAGGAGCUGUACAGAGGACUUAACCCUGCCACCCUGUCCGGCUGUAUCGAUGUAAUUGUGGUGCGUCAGCCUGACGGCACUCUGCAGUGUUCGCCUUUUCAUGUCCGUUUCGGCAAGAUGGGAGUUCUGCGCUCCCGGGAGAAAGUGGUUGACAUUGAGAUAAAUGGGGAGCCGGUCAGCUUACACAUGAAACUAGGUGAAAAUGGAGAGGCAUUCUUUGUCAAAGAAACAGAAAGUGAUGAGGAGAUGGUGCCGUCCCACUUGGCUACAUCGCCCAUAAUUUCAGAGGGCUCUGCCCUAAUGCAGGCCCAAGUUGGAAAAGGCACGUCCCGUCUGUCUCACUCUGGAAACGAAACCUCCAUUCAAACCCUGGGAUCCAUGCAGGCCCAUUGCGACAGUUCAAUAAUGAAGAAGAGAAGGAAGAGGAGGAGAAAAUCUCAAGUAGACAGCAUGAAGCGAGAGGACAACGGAGACUUUUCGGAAGACGAAGACAUGUUUCCCAUUGAUAUGAGUUCUGAUGAUGAUACAGAGACUACAGGAAGCAGAGCCAUGUCACAUGAGCUAUUUGCUGAGCAGGUGAAAGGAACUAGCAGCACAUACACACAGUCUGAAGGGAACUGGACUGCUGUUCAAAGCAAAGGGUUGGAGAAGAUCUGCUCCUUACCCAUUCCCACCAAUUCAGGAUUGUCCAUUUCCUGCCCUCAACAAACAGCCAUGUUUCAGUCCACACCCAGCUCUGCAAUGGAGAGAGAGAGGCUAAGUAGAGAAAAAGAGGUCGCCAGUCCUAUUGCUGAAGUAUAUAUACUUACGUAUAUGUUUGCCUAUACUGUAUGUGUUUUCAGAGCCAUGUCACAUGAGCUAUUUGCUGAGCAGGUGAAAGGAACUAGCAGCACAUACACACAGUCUGAAGGGAACUGGACUGCUGUUCAAAGCAAAGGGUUGGAGAAGAUCUGCUCCUUACCCAUUCCCACCAAUUCAGGAUUGUCCAUUUCCUGCCCUCAACAAACAGCCAUGUUUCAGUCCACACCCAGCAGCCCAAAUGGCUCCUUGUCAUCUACACCCAAGAGUGACUCUGAAUUGCUGGCCAGUCAGAGGAGCGGAGGGAAACCGGACAACCCUGAGAUGCUUUGGACAUGGGGAGAGCUGCCUCAUGCUGCCAAGCCGUCAUUCCUGCAGCCCAUGUCGGAGCCCAUGGUGGUGACCCCAAGAUCAAUCCCACCGUCUGAAAGCACACACUUCAGAGCCAUCACUGGGGAAGGGAUGGUGGAGUCUCACGGCGGUGAUGUGUAUGUGCCUGAUCUCAGGGUUGAAGAGGCAACAUCUGCCGCUGCUGUAGAUGUGGAGGCCAUCAGUGCAGCCGCCCAUCUUUUCACAGACCUAGAAGAGGAGCGGCACAGCCCUGGAGCUCAUGCCAUUAGCAAGACAGAUUCUCCAUCCAAGAGAAAAGACAAAAGGAGCCGGCACCUGGGAUCAGAUGGAGUAUACCUGGAUGACAUCACAGAAUUGGAGCCUGAGGUGGCAGCCUUGUACUUUCCAAAGAGUGAUGGAGCAACUUCUGUGAGAGGUGGGGCAGAUUCGAGAAGUGCCAAUCAGUCCCCUCAGUCAGUAGGCAGCAGUGGAAUGGACAGUGGGGUGGACAGCUUUUCUGACCAGUUAGGAGACUUGCCUCAUAUUGCCAUCUCUCUAUGUGGAGGACUGACAGAAAACAGAGAGAUCACUAGAGAGGAAUUUGAGGAACGAGCAAUAUCUUAUCAGGAGUUUGCAGAUAAUCCAUCUAUCAUUGAUGAUCCCAACCUGGUCGUAAAGAUUGGCACGAAGUAUUAUAAUUGGAUCACAGCCGCUCCUAUCGUACUAGCCGUGCAGGUUUUCCAGAAGACCUUGCCAAAGGCCACAGUGGAGAACAUCAUGAAGGAGAAGAUGCCCAAGAAAGGAGGACGCUGGUGGUUUUCAUGGCGGGGCAGAAACAACAACUCCAAAUCGGAAUCAGCAUCUGACCAGAUUGAAGGUGGAGAGGAUUCUAUAAGAACAGCAUCUGUGAUUUUGAGUAUCAGGGGCUCUGUGCGUUUGCUCCAGGCCACAGUGGAGAACAUCAUGAAGGAGAAGAUGCCCAAGAAAGGAGGACGCUGGUGGUUUUCAUGGAGGGGCAGAAACAACAGCUCCAAAUCAGAAUCAGCAUCUGACCAGAUUGAAGGUGGAGAGGAUUCUAUAAGAACAGCAUCUGUGAGCAGAUUAAAGGAUGAAUCAUCAUCCAGUGAAGAUGACAGUGAAGGUGCUAAACAGAAUCCUGUGAGCAAUCAGCCUGAAGUUCUCCACUGCACUGGAGGCCACUGCUACAGGAAGACACUUCGUUUGUCCUCAGAACAGCUAGCCAGUCUGCACUUAAAAGAUGGCCCCAAUGAUGUGGUCUUCAGCGUCACCACCCAGUAUCAGGGCACCUGCCGCUGUGAGGGCACCCUUUAUCUGUGGAACUGGGAUGACAAGAUAGUGAUUUCAGAUAUCGAUGGCACCAUCACAAGGUCUGACACCCUGGGACACAUUUUACCCACUCUGGGUAAAGACUGGACCCAUCAGGGCAUUGCCCGACUCUACCACAAAGUCAGCCAGAAUGGCUACAAGUUUAUGUACUGUUCAGCUCGGGCGAUUGGCAUGGCUGAUAUGACCCGGGGUUACCUGCACUGGGUUAAUGAAAGAGGCACCAUGCUACCCAUGGGACCUGUGCUGCUUAGUCCCAGUAGUCUGUUCUCUGCAUUUCACAGGGAGGUCAUUGAGAAGAAGCCAGAAAAGUUUAAAAUUGAAUGUCUGACCGACAUUAAAAACCUGUUCUAUCCAAACACAGAACCCUUCUAUGCUGCUUUUGGAAACAGAGCAACAGAUGUUUAUUCAUAUAAAGAGGUUGGAGUGCCUUUGAACAGAAUAUUCACUGUGAAUCCUAAGGGAGAGCUCAUCCAAGAACAUGCAAAGACCAACAUAUCAUCUUAUGGACGUCUAUGUGAGGUCGUGGAUCAUGUCUUCCCUCUUCUGAUAAGAGGGAACACCGCCGACUUCCCCUGUUCAGACACCUUCAGCCAGUUCACU